AUGGAAAACCAAUACCUUCAAUUUCAACGGGUUGUUAGGCUCUGGAGCAAGGAAGGAAACUCCGAAAAAAGCAAAGCAUUCUUCUCUCCUAGUUACUUUUUUCCAAGGCACGCCAAUAUCGAAUUCUAUAUUGGUAAAUUAAAUGCAGAGCGUAUCAACAGUGGUACCAACAAGACGGAUGGCUACCGUUACUUAUUAAUAUCUGAGGACUCGAUGAAAGUCAUUAAAGCAGAAUUGGAAUUAUAUAUAUCAAUUAAAAUUAGUUCAACUCCUACCGAUUACAAUGCAACAUCGUAUGAGGACAUCAAACCCAUUAUUAUUGAUUCGCAAGAAGCGUAUGAAAAAAUUGAAAUGAGUCUAUUGAAAUUCAAGAAAUCAGUUAAAAAGAAGGCUAAGGCUGCCCGAGCUAAUGCCAAACUCAAGAGUAUCAGGGAUUCGUUGGAGAAAGCGCGAGAAAUGUAUCAAGAGAAUAAAUAUCUAUUCGUGGCCAUAGAUGUUGAAAGUUAUGAAAGAGAUCAUUCUUGUAUUUUGGAAGUUGGUUGGAGCAUGUAUAAUGCAAAAUCCAACUUGUUCAUGGAUCGACACUUUUGUGCAACGGAAUAUGAGCACAUGAGGAAUGGUCGGUUUGUUCCGGAUAUGAAGGAACGGUUUAUUUUCGGGGAGACAAUAUGGACGAAUUUAAAAUCAAUUGCUGAUGAAUUUGUGAAAGAUCUAACGGAGGAAGGUGUCAAGGGAAACGUUGUCUUGGUUGGGCACGAUAUCAAGAUGGAAGAAAAAUAUUUAGAAAAUAUGGGGGUAGAAAUCCAGAAAGUUAUUAAGCCUGUGGGAAGAUUUGAUACCGCUGAGAUGAAUGCGGCGAGACUUGGGAAUCCUCAUGAACGGAUGGCUCUUGGAAAGAUAUUAGAUAGUCUAGACAUUGAAAAUUACAGCCUGCAUAAUGCUGGAAAUGACGCACGUUACACUUUGUUAUUAUUCCUUGAACUGUGCAAGUUUCCGCUUGCAUCCCUAAAAGAAUUCCCUCAAACUAGUGAUUCAGAUGAAGAAGAAAGUUAA